UUGCAUCGUCUUCACACGUGCUUUCAAUUUCGCAAUUAAUUGUUUAAUUAUACUUUUAAUAAAAUGACUGAGGCGGAAGAAGGGCCGGCGGAGCACAGCAUUGACUUUGUGCCUGCGCUAUGUUUUGUGCCAAGAGGCGUCACCAAGGAGCGUCCUGACAAAAUUGUUCUCACACAAUCCGAACUUGCGCGCAUUAUUGGCGAGACACAAAGUAUGCUUAAUGAUGAAUCGGGUGAUGAUGAUGAUGACAACGAGGAUGAAGAUGGAAAUGAUGACAACAUGGAUGUGGAUAGCGCAGAGCCAGGUGCCGGCAACGAGAAUCGAAAUCGGCAAGAUGAAUUUGAUUUUGAUAACUAUGACAAUGAGCCAAACGCCACGGUGUCCAAUUUAGCGAAUGUGGUUGACGCGGAUGAGCAGGUGCCAGACGAAGAUGAGGAUUCCGAAGCUGAAGAUGAAGUUAUCAAGCCCACAGAUAAUCUGGUCUUGGUCGGACAUGUGCAGGAUGAUGCAUCCAGCAUGGAAGUCUGGGUGUUUAACCAAGAGGAGGAGGCACUAUAUACACACCACGACUUUCUGUUGCCAAGUUUUCCACUGUGCAUUGAGUGGAUGAACCAUGAUGCAGGCAGCGACAAACCUGGCAAUAUGUGUGCCAUUGGCUGCAUGGAUCCAAUCAUUACCAUCUGGGAUUUGGAUAUACAAGACUCCAUAGAGCCAACAUUCAAGCUUGGCUCCAAGGGCAGUCGCAAGCAGCAAAAGGAGCAGUACGGCCACAAGGAUGCCGUGUUGGAUUUGUCCUGGAACUCACAGUUCGAGCAUAUAUUGGCCAGUGGUUCCGUGGAUCAAACACUUAUACUCUGGGAUAUGGACGAAGGGCAACCACAUACUACCAUUACUGCCUUUGAGGAGAAGGUGCAAUCCAUUGAAUUCCAUCCACAGGAAGCGCAGAGUAUCUUGACAGGCUGUGCCGAUGGCUUUGUACGUCUCUUUGACUGUCGCGAUGCCGACAAUGUAAACUCUUCCUUUGUCAAAUGGCAAAUCAGCGGCGAGGUUGAGAAAGUGCUCUGGCAUCCCACAGAGACUAAUUACUUUAUCAUUGGUUCCAACGAUGGCAGUUUGCAUUACGCGGACAAGCGCAAGCCCAACGAGCUGCUGUGGUCCAUUAAGGCGCACAACGAGGAGAUCUCUGGUGUCUGUUUCAACAGUCAAAUGCCCAAUCUGAUGACUUCCACGUCCACAGAAGGCACGCUUAAGAUCUGGAAUUUCAAUGGCAGCGAGGCAAAACACGUCUAUGAGCAUGACUUUAAUAUGGGUCGCCUGCAGUGUAUGCGACAAUGUCCAGAAGAUCCUUACACACUGGCCUUUGGCGGAGAGAAGCCCCCGCGCUGUUCCGUCUUCAAUAUCAAGAACUUACAGGCUGUGCGUCGCACCUUUGGCCUGCCAGAUGCGGAGUAGUUUGGAUUAUUUUUUAAUAUAAUUGUAGCUAUAUAGUGAAAGCUAUUUACGAUAUGUA